AUGGCGUCGAAGUACGAGGGCAGACUCUUUAUCGGCGGAAGCCUGGUGUCAGGCAUGUCUGGCCGGACAUUCCCUCUCAAGAACCCGGCCACAAAUGAGACGAUCGCCGAGAUCACCGUGGCCGAACAACAGGACGUGGACAAGGCGGUCGAAGCGGCUGCCAAAGCUCAGCCUGUUUGGGCUGCGACCCCGGCGUACCAGCGAGGACGGAUCCUACGCAAGUUUGCGGAUCUAGUCUACCAGAAUCGCGAAAAAAUCCAAAAGCUUGACUCACUGGCGAUGGGAAAACCACUAUCCUCUGCUAAAGGCGAGCUCGAAGAGGCCUGCAACAUCACCAACUACUUCGCCGGACUGGUCGAACUCGCCGACGGCCAGACAUCCACCAACAAUAACGAGCAUCUCAACCUGACCAUUCGCCAGCCCUUUGGCGUGGUCGCCGCCAUCAUCCCAUGGAACUUUCCCGCACUCCUGUUCUGCCAUGAGAUUGUACCAGCCUGUGGUGCAGGUAAUGCCAUGAUAUUGAAGACAUCUGAAAAAGCACCACUCAGCGGUGUGUUUCUGGGGCAGCUUUGUCACGAAGCAGGCAUCCCCCCUGGAGUGGUUAAUGUAAUUUCGGGCGCCGGGGAGACCGGUGCGCUGUUGUCGUCGCAUAUGCAGAUUCGAAGAAUCAGCUUCACGGGCUCGACACGUGCCGGGAGAGCCGUCAUGGAAGCUGCGGCAAAGUCCAAUAUCAAGGACGUCGCCCUGGAGCUGGGUGGCAAGUCGCCCCUCAUCGUGUUUGCCGAUGCGAGCCUCGACCGCGCCGUGGAAUGUGCUGUCCACUCAUUCACAUCCAACGCCGGCCAGACUUGUACCGCAUCUACGCGUCUCUAUGUCGAACGCACCGUGGCCUCUGAAUUCAAGCAGAUGAUGGUGGACCGUAUCAAGAAGCUCAACCAGGGACCGCCUUCAGCAACCGCGACAGAUGUAGGACCUCAAGCGGACUCGGCACAGACGGCCGCCAUCGCGCGGUUCCUGGAGAUGGGAAAGGCGGAAGGCCAAAUCCUGGUAGGUGGGAAAUUGGCCUCUGAGAUUGGCGACAACUUCGUCCAGCCCACGGUCGUAACGGGAGUCGGCGACGAUAGCGAAAUCAACCGGGAGGAGGUGUUCGGCCCGGUGCUUGUCCUGCACGAGUUCGAUAACGAGGACGAUGUCAUACGCCGAGCAAAUGAUUCAGAUUAUGGCCUAUAUGCCUCGCUAUUCACCACCAAGAUCAACCGCGCGUUGCGAGUCGCAAAGGCACUCGAGGCCGGCUCAGUUGGAGUCAACGUCAGUUCGCCGUAUGGCGCAUACGAAUUGCCAUUUGGAGGUUUCAAAGCUUCCGGCAUUGGACGUCAAAAAGGGUCGGACGCAGUCAAGGCCUGGACGCAGGAGAAGACCGUGUAUAUACAUCACGGGUGA